AUGUAGUUAAAAGGUUCUCCAUCUAAUAACAACUUCUCAUCAUAGAUUGCUAGCUAUUAAGUUCAUAAAGUAAUUUCUACAUAAUUUUAUCACUAUGUUGAAGAAAAGCAAACUUUGCAAUUAUGGAAUUAUACUGGAGGAAGUGGCCAAAUUCCAAGGUGCUUUGAUAAAUUUUGCAAGAGCUUUGUAAUUUCACUUUUAGAACCUGAUAUGAAACUAACCUAUCCAAAGCCUAACAUUAUAUUGGAUAACUAAAGCAGUGGUUCUCCAACUAAUUCCUAGAAUUUUAAUUCAAGCCUCUCUCUCGGAUUUUAAGGGGGAAGAUAAAAAAAGAUUAAUUUUCUCUUCUCAAGUGACUGA